AUGGCUCCCCGCAUCGCCACAGCGUCACGGUGGACGGCGGCCACCGGCGCCGCCGCAGCUCAGCCCGUCGCGACGCCGAGCCGCCUCGUAUCCCUCGUGGCUUUCGUCGCGCUCCUGCUCCUCGCAACCGCCGCUCUGCCGGCCGCGGCGCUCGCUGAUUCGUCCGAAAUGGGGGUAGCAGCGAGCCGUCGGGUUCUGCAAGCCGCGCCCGCAGCAGCACCCGCGGCCGGCUCCGGCGAGGGCGACGCAGAAGCACCCGCGGCCGCGGGGGCCGGGGCAGGGGGCGGAGCGGGGGCCGGAGCACCCUCGGUCGGCGCACCACCGGCGCCGUCGCCCAACGCGCCAAGCGAUCAGUACAAUGACGACGACUACAUGCAGGACUACACCCUGGAGCAGGUGCUCGCAGCCGCGGCGCCUCCGGCGGCGCCCGGCGCUCCACCUUCCCCGCCGCCAUCCCUGCGGAUGAAGGUUCCGAUGGCGAUCAAGUUCGACGACGUGUCCAAGUCGUUCUUCAUUCUCGGCUACCUCGCGAACUCCGUGUGCAAGUUCCCGGAAGGGAAGUCGAUCUUUCUUCCCACGAACCGCGCGUGGAGCGACGCGUUUGAGGGGUACAAGAAGAGCCGGGGCAGCGGUGCGCUUUACGAGGCUCUCGACGCGGUCGCGAGCGAUCGGAUCAAGAAGGCGGUGGUUUUCGCGGGAAGGAAGACGAACAGCAAGGAGCUGUCGGCGCUGGCUGACAAGGCCAAGUCGUGCAAAACGCUCACGUCGCAUCCCAUGAGCGAGGCCGCGAGGACCGCGCUCUUCAACCUCAUGUCGUUCCACACGGCGGUUUCUAGGGUUACGAUCUUGGACCUGGAUAGCAAGUGCAACGACGCUGGAACGUCCUUCCAGACCGCGUUCAGCAACAACAAAUUGAACUUCAAGUGUAACAGCACCAGCAGUGGGCUUGUUUCUGGCUCGGACCCCCUCGCAUCUGGCGCGGCUGCUGGUACUUCGUCUGCUGUGGCAAUGAUCGACGAGCCGCAGAAGGAUUAUUUCUAUGUCAGCACGGUUGUGUUCCCCAGCAACAUCGCCUCCCUACCUGGUGGCGUUGUCACGGUCUCGCGUCUCUUCUCUGCGCUGCUGGUCCUGGGCGCGGCUCUUGCCUGCGCCCUCUAG